CUGUACAUUUUUAACACGGGAGUUUGACCAUCUUGUAUCUUACUUUCUUCCGCCGUGUUCAUGUCUACGAUCACGAUCAAAUUUUAUUGUAACGUGACGUGUAAUUGUUAAUCAAGAUGCAAGUACCGCCAAUUUUCAUGGAAUCGCCGUUGGACGAUCAGGCGCAAGAACUAAGGGUAUAUUUUAAAAGUCUUGGCGCAGAAAUUAGCGAGGAAAAAUCUCCUAAAGGCAUAGAGGACGAUUUACAUAAGAUUAUUGGAGUGUGUGAAGCAUGUUUCAAAGAGGGUAAUGAAAAUGAGAUAGAAACAGUGUUGAAUGAUAUUGUUUCUAUCAUGAUCUUGAUACCUACAGAACGUGCAGAGAAUUUAAUUCUAGCAUUCUGUGAGAAGCUCGUAAAAGCGCCUGGAUACAAACUUGGAUUGGUGUGUUUAAAAGCUUUGUGGCUGCUGUUUCAAUCCCUUGCCGAUGAUUCUCCGAUGAGAUAUCAUGUUUAUUACCAUCUGGUGCAAAUAGCCCGCAAUGUCGAUCAAGUCAAGGCUGUGUACAGCGGAAUAGAUCAAUUGAAACAGCAAUUUGCUUCCUUUCCGCCAUCAAACGAACAGAUGCAAAAAUUGUUGCGUUUGUUACAUGAGGUUCUGUUGAGUUGCAAACAAGGAGAACAAGCGGCGGCAGUAAUGGUCGAGCUGUUAGGCACUUACACGGCAGAAAAUGCUUCCGCAGCAAGGGAAGACGCGCAACGCUGUAUAUUAGCUGCAUUAGCGGAUCCAAAUACAUUUUUACUGGAUCCGCUUCUGGCUUUAAAACCCGUGAGAUUCUUGGAGGGCGAACUAAUACACGAUUUACUCCUCGUGUUCGUGCAAGAUAAAUUACCAGCGUAUCUACAUUUCUAUCAACAUCACAGAGAAUUUGUUGAGCAUCAGCUUGGAUUGAAUCAUGAGCAAAACAUGAAAAAGAUGAGAUUAUUGACCUUUAUGCAACUCGCGGAGACAAAUCCAGAAAUGUCCUUUGAUACGAUACAAGAGGAAUUGCAGAUUGGUGAAUCCGAAGUAGAGAGCUUCAUUAUUGAUGUUUUAAAAACUAAGCUUGUGAGAGCGCGCAUGGAUCAAGCUGGCCGUAAAGUGUUAAUUUCGAGUACGAUGCACAGAACGUUCGGUCGUCCUCAGUGGAUGCAGUUGCGCGAUUUGCUCGUAUCAUGGAAAGCCAAUCUCUCGGCCGUUCAAGAUGGCAUGAAAACCGUAGCUGCUGCGCAAAUAGAACUCGCAGCGAAAAAUAAGGCUACGCUUGCUCACUGAGAGCAUUGUCACCUUGUAAUCUUUACUGAUUUUUGAAUAAAAUAAAUGAAUAAGACCUUAUAUAAGAAUAGAUAAUAUAAUACUACACAUGACGAGAGUAGUAUAAAUACCUGGACGUAAUAUUGGAUCUCUGCAAGACAAACAAGGAUUUGUAGAACUCUACAUUUUUAUAACAUCUGGUUAUAAAUUAAUUAACAAAUCAAUGUAUGUAUGGAAAUUAGAUAUAGAUUAUAUAUUAUUACAGUAUUACAUUCUAAAAUUAAACUGCAAACAUGUAUUUAUGUAAAAGACCGACUCGUUCAUUCUGCAUCUUAUUUUUCUAUGAAGUACAUGUAAUCUAAAUCACUUGUCACAACACGCAAAAUAUAUAAAAAGAUGAAAAAAUUUUCUUUUCACUACGUUUUUGUAUUUCAUUGCAUUUAGCAAUUAAAGAUAACUGAAGAUUAAUUAAUUAUAUGUUUAGGAUAAUUAUUACUUUUAAUGUAACAAUUGACUCGGUCAAUCAUCUCGAUAUCGAUUGCAAAA